AUGGCCGCAAAUGACUAUUACAAGCAGGGCGGACAGCAACAGCCACAGUACUAUCCUCCGCCAGGUGGCGCACCAGAAUCUCAAGGUGGCUACUACCCUCAACCGCCCGCAAAUGCAUACCAGCAAGGAAAUUACGGGCAACCUCAGUAUGGACAGCCACAAUAUGGUGGUAGUCCGGGCUAUCCUCAACAGGGCUACCAACCCAAUCCCGGACCUCAGACGAUAUACGUACAACAACCUGCCCAGCAGUCAAGUGGUGCUAGUGGAGGAUGUCUAGCCUGUCUUGCAGGCAUGUGUCUUUGUUGCUGUGCCGAAGAAAUCUGUGAAUGUCUUCUUUGA